CCCAAAGGGUCUCUAAAAAUAAGCACUUUGAUCACCAUGAUCAAAUCCAUCAAAACCUCCAGAGUCCUCCUCUGUCUCUCCAUCGUUUGCUUGCUAAGCAUCAAAACCAAAUCAACCCCAAAUUUCCUUUCAAUCGAUUGCCCAAACACAACCUCUUACACUCCCAACAGCAUAUACAAAACCAACCUCAACACCCUCUUCUCUUCCCUCUCCUCCAAUUCCACCUCCAUCAACGGCUUCUCCAACUCCACCGCCGGCCGCAACCCCCCCGACGUAGCCUACGGCCUCUUCCUCUGCCGCGGCGAUGUCACCACCGCCGUCUGUCAAGACUGCGUAACCUCUGCUACUAAAGAAGUAGUCCAACGUUGUCCCAAGUCGAAGAAUGUCAUAAUUUGGUACGACGAGUGCAUGUUACGAUACUCGAACGAGUCCAUCUUCUCCAAAUCCGAUGAAUCUACAGGAUUAAUUUUGAGGAAUACACAGAACUUUACGGACCAAACCCGUUUCAAAGAAAUCUUGGGAGGUGUAAUGGAUGACAUAGCAACUCGAGCUUCGAAUGGUGGGUCGGGUAAGAAAUUUGCGACUAGAGAAGCUAAUUUCUCGUCGCUUCAAAAGCUGUACGGGUUAGCGCAGUGCACGCCGGACUUGACUUUAUUGGAUUGCAACAAAUGUCUUCGAGAUGGUAUCUCGAAUUUUCCGAGUUGCUGUGAUGGAAAUCUGGGAGCGAGGGUUCUGUUUCCGAGUUGUAAUGUUAGGUAUGAGUCCUACCCUUUUUACAACGUCACCGCCACUGCUCCGCCGCCUCCACCACCGGCCCUUCCUCCACCAGUCCUUCCUUCUUCUCCGGGACCUUCGGCUAGUCGAGGAAAGGGAGGAAUCUCAUCGCAAGUACUCAUUGCCAUCAUUGUUCCAGUUGGAGCCUCUGUUUUGCUUUUCAUCAUAGUCUUUUGUUUCCUACGCAGGAAAGCAAAGACGAAACAUGAUGAUACUAAAGAAGAUAGUGCUGUGAAUGAAAUCACAACAGUUGAGUCCUUGCAAUAUGAUUUUGGUACUAUUCAAGCAGCCACAAACAACUUCUCUGAUGAUAACAAAAUUGGUGAAGGUGGAUUUGGUCAUGUCUACAAGGGUAAACUUAUUAAUGGAGAAGAGAUAGCUGUCAAGAGGCUAUCUCAAAACUCAGGGCAGGGUGGAGAAGAAUUCAAGAAUGAAGUUUUGCUGGUAGCCAAGCUUCAACAUAGAAAUCUAGUGAGACUACUAGGAUUUUGCUUGGAAGGAGAAGAGAAGAUGCUCAUUUAUGAAUUUAUGCCCAACAAAAGCCUUGACCGCAUUCUAUUUGAUUCACAAGAGCAUGGAAAAUUGGAUUGGCCAAAACGUUAUAAGAUUAUUGAAGGGAUAGCUCGAGGGAUGCUCUAUCUUCAUGAAGAUUCUCAACUUAGAAUUAUACACCGUGAUCUCAAAGCUAGUAAUAUUCUGUUAGAUGGGGCCAUGAACGCAAAAAUUUCAGAUUUCGGCAUGGCGAGGAUCUUCGGUGUGGAUCAAUCUCAAGGAAAUACAAAUAGAGUCGUUGGAACAUUCGGUUACAUGGCUCCGGAAUAUGCAAUGCAUGGACGGUUCUCCGUAAAGUCUGAUGUAUUUAGCUUCGGUGUCUUAGUUUUGGAGAUCAUAAGUGGCAAGAAAAUCAAUGACUUUGAUCAAUCAAACCACAUUGAGGACCUGCUUAGCUAUGCUUGGAAACUUUGGAAGAACGGAACACCAUUGAAAUUGAUGGAUCCAACUUUGGAAGCAUCGUAUUCAAGAAAUGAAGUCUCCAGAUGCAUCCAUAUUGGCUUGUUGUGUGUUCAAGAAGACCCAGAUGCUAGGCCCUCCAUGGCAACAGUAGUUUUGAUGCUUGACAGUUACACUAUUACCCUAGCAAUUCCUGAAGAACCUGCAUUAUUUUCUCCUCGUAAAACAGAGUCAAAUAUAGGACAAGGUGUAGAGGCAGAUCAAUGUACAAGUAAGUCAAUACCAUUGUCUAUGAAUGACGUAACAAUUUCUGAAUUAGACCCUAGAUAAUGUGAGAAGUCUAUGACAUAUCAAGGUUGACGGAUAAAUUUACAGUGUGAAAUUAAUACAAAUAAACUCAAACUAUAGUGGGUUAGUUAUAUUUUUAGUUCCAAAAUGUGAGUCUUAUGCUGU